CAGCGCGCGCACCCGGUGACGCCUGCGAGGAGAAUGCGGGACGGCCGGCGUCAUUACGUCCGAAGCGAACGGGAAACAGGCGAACCGGACGGCCGGGAAGGAGCCCUCUGAGGCAGGUAACCAUGGCGAUGACAGGACAGACUUCCUGCUCCUCAAUGAGUAACCACACCAAAGAACGUGUGACCAUGGCCAAGGUAACCCUGGAGAACUUCUACAGCAACCUGAUCACUCAGCAUGAGGAGCGGGAGAUGAGGCAGCAGAAGCUAGAGAAGGUCAUGGAUCAGGAGGGGCUGGCAGAUGAGGAGAAAUGCCUCCGUCGCUCCCAGCACGCCCGCAAAGAGACGGAGUUCCUGCGACUGAAGCGUACCCGCCUGGGCCUGGACGACUUCGAGUCCCUUAAGGUCAUCGGGAGGGGGGCCUUUGGCGAGGUGCGCUUGGUGCAGAAGAAGGACACGGGCCACGUGUAUGCCAUGAAGAUCCUGCGCAAAGCCGACAUGCUGGAGAAGGAGCAGGUGGGCCACAUUCGGGCUGAGCGGGACGUUCUGGUUGAGGCCGACAGCCAGUGGGUGGUCAAGAUGUUCUACAGCUUCCAAGACAAGAUGAAUCUCUACCUCAUCAUGGAAUUCCUCCCUGGAGGUGACAUGAUGACCCUGCUAAUGAAGAAGGACACACUGACUGAAGAGGAGACUCAGUUCUACAUUGCAGAGACCGUUUUGGCCAUUGACUCCAUCCACGAGAUGAGCUUCAUCCACCGGGACAUCAAGCCGGACAACCUGCUUCUGGACUCUAGGGGUCAUGUCAAGCUGUCUGACUUUGGCUUGUGCACUGGGUUGAAGAAGGCUCACAGGACUGAGUUCUACAGGAAUCUGAACCACAGUCUGCCCAGUGAUUUCACGUUCCAGAACAUGAACUCGAAAAGGAAAGCAGAGACGUGGAAGCGGAACAGGAGACAGCUGGCCUUCUCCACUGUGGGCACGCCAGACUACAUCGCUCCUGAGGUGUUCAUGCAGAAUGGCUAUAACAAGCUCUGUGAUUGGUGGAGUCUUGGGGUCAUCAUGUAUGAGAUGUUGAUUGGCUACCCGCCGUUCUGCUCAGAGACGCCCCAGGAGACCUACAGGAAGGUGAUGAACUGGAGGGAGACAUUGGUGUUUCCUCCAGAGGUGCCAAUCUCUGAGAAAGCCAAGGAUCUUAUUCUCAGGUUCUGCUGUGAAGGUGAGCACCGGAUCGGGGCUACGGGGGUAGAGGAGAUCAAGAAGAACGCUUUCUUCGAGGGAGUGGAUUAUGAGCACAUCAGGGGGAGGCCGGCCGCCAUUCCUAUCGAGAUCAAAAGCAUUGAUGACACUUCCAACUUCGAUGAGUUCCCAGACUCAGACAUUCUCCAGCCAGCAGCUGGUCCCAUAGUGACCAAUCACUCAGAGGCCGACCUGAAGAACAAGGACUGGGUUUUCAUCAACUACACCUACAAGCGGUUUGAGGGUUUGACAGCCAGGGGUGCCAUCCCAUCCUACAUGAAGAGUGGAAAGAGAUAGGCUCCCAUCUCGUGCCCCUUCAGACCCCACCCCCCCACUGGUCCAGGUCUGUUCAAAGGGCUCAGACACCUUGCUGUCCUCUUCAGUCGGCCUUCACCAGCAUGGCAUGACCUGGAUGCCUCCAGCCUCCCUGUGACUGAUGUCCACGUAGUCUUCCUUUCUCUUUCUUCAUUUUUACUCUGUGGCCACCAAAGAGCCAAUGGGGUGCUGGGGUAUAGUGUCGAGGCCCCACCACCAGCAGCCAAAGCUUCACCUCUCUAACUAUCAGCAAGCCCCCCCCCCGUCCCUUCCGGGCGGCCUUCCUGUUCAGUCACCAGCCAGACCUUAGGACCUCCUCCAUGCCUGGCAUGGGCCGCAUGUCUAGUGCUGGACCUGCUUGUUUUCAUGGUGCUGCUCUACAUUAAGGGCUACUUCACUCUGGAUAUGCUUCUGCAUAUUGCCACCUUAAUGCCAUCCUGAAUGAAGUGGGCUUCCUCCAGCUUCUGGUAAUGAACCCCCCUCAGGGUUUGCCAUAGGAAUUGUAAAUGUUUUCAUGUUUUCUGACAAAUCAGCACCUGAAACUAUCCCUAUAUGCUCUUGACCAAACAAAUGGGUGACAUGACCUGCGCCCUUCCCUCUCCCUCCCGGCGUGCCUUACCCCUCCCUC